ACGCGUGAGCGACUGUCAACGGGCCAGCUGAGCGCAAAAGAGUGAACAGCGAACUGGGCUAGAAGUUCAGUAGACCAGCACAACCAACGCAACGAAGGAAACUUUGACAGCGGACCCUAUUUUAUCCAACUUCUAAAGCAUUAGUAGGCUAAAGGUUGUGGAUUGUAGGCUUACCUUUAGUGAAUCGGUGAAAAGGCUGUACAAUCCUUGGCAGUGUUCUGAGACUGUACAGCUGCCUACUGCUUCUGAAAGAAAACUUGCAUCUGAAAUGGACUGUGCGUAAAAGAGCAGAGAAAUUACUUCAUCUCGAUUUGACUUUCAAUAUUUUUCAUUGUGAAUGUUAUUUGUUACUUGAAAAUUGUUGCGUAAGUGGACUGAUUCGGACUUUCGGGGAAAUUCCAUUUGUUACUGAACUUUGCAAAAGAAAACAUGACGGCUGAUAAGGACAAGAAAAGGAGCAGUUCGGAACGGCGGAAGGAGAAGUCUCGUGACGCGGCACGUUGUCGUCGAAGUAAGGAGACAGAGGGGUUCUACGAGCUGGCCCAUCAGCUGCCCCUCCCACACAGCGUCAGCUCCCACUUGGACAAAGCCUCCAUCAUGAGACUGGCCAUCAGCUUCCUGCGCACCCGCAAGGUCGUCGGCCCAGGCUGCUCCAACGAUGCAGAGACUGAGGAGGACAGACAGACGGACAGUAUGUAUUUGAAGUCACUGGAGGGGUUCGUCACUGUGGUUACAUCAGACGGCGACAUGAUCUUCCUCUCAGAAAACAUCAACAAGUUCAUGGGCUUAACACAGGUGGAGUUGACUGGACAAAGCAUCUUUGACUUCACCCACCCCUGCGACCACGAUGAGAUUCGCGAGAACCUGAGUCUGAAAAAUGGCACUGGGAAGAAGGGGAAAGCCUUGAGCACUGAGAGAGACUUCUUCAUGAGGAUGAAGUGCACAGUGACAAACCGUGGACGCACUGUCAACCUGAAAUCAGCCAGCUGGAAAGUUCUGCACUGCACUGGCCACCUGAAGGUGUACAGCAGUUGCGCCCCUCAUGGGCUGUGUGGGUUCAAGGAGCCUCCUCUCACCUGCCUGGUGAUGAUGUGUGAGCCAAUCCCCCACCCCUCCAACAUCGACACGCCCCUGGACAGCAAGACCUUCCUGAGCCGCCACAGCAUGGACAUGAAGUUCACCUACUGCGACGACAGAGUCACUGAGCUGAUGGGCUACAGUCCUGAAGAUCUGCUGGGCCGCUCUGUCUAUGAGUUCUACCACGCUUUGGACUCUGACAGUGUCACCAAGAGCCACCAGAACCUGUGCAGUAAAGGUCAGGCAGUGAGUGGACAGUAUCGUAUGCUAGCCAAACAUGGAGGCUACGUGUGGGUUGAGACCCAGGGCACAGUCAUCUACAACAGCCGGAAUUCCCAGCCGCAGUGCAUCGUUUGUGUCAACUACGUCCUCAGUGAUGUGGAGAACAAGUCCAUGAUCUUCUCCAUGGACCAGACUGAGUCUCUGUUCAAGCCACACCACAUGAACAGUUUCUUCACCCAGAGUGGUGCUGCGGUGGCCGCGGAGCCCAUCAAGACCCUGUUCACCAAACUCAAAGAGGAGCCAGAAGACCUUGCUCAGCUGGCCCCCACACCUGGAGACGCCGUCAUCACCCUUGACUUUGGAAGGCCACCGUUUGAGGAGCCUCAUCCUCCUCUUUACCCCAAGAUGUCUCCCAUGCCCCCUCCGGCCCACCAGGGCUGGGGCAGUGAUGCCCACAAGCCCUGCCCGGCAGGAGACAUGUCCAACCACAUGGCUGCCACCUUCUCAGUGCCCCAGAACCCCACACCAGGCAGCGCCACCCCCAGCACUGCCCCCCCUAGCCUGAGCAGUUGUUCCACGCCCAGCAGCCCAGGAGAUUACUACAGCGAGAGAGAGAGUGACCUGAAGGUAGAGCUGACUGAGAAGCUCUUUGCUCUGGACACAGAGGGGCCCAAGAGCCCCGGCAGCACCCAGUCGGUCCUGAGUGAUUUGGAUCUGGAGACCCUGGCUCCAUACAUCCCCAUGGACGGAGAAGACUUCCAACUCCACCCCAUCAUUACUGAAGAGGCCCCUGGAGGCACUGAGGGGGCCGCUGACCAAAUGGGACACCGCACCACACAGAACGGGUUCAGCAACAUCGCCAGCCUCUUCCAGCCCCUGGGAUCCCCACAGUCUGCCCACUACCAGCCCGCCAAGUGGGCCCCAGGAGACAAGAGAGGCCCCAACCACAGUGAAAUAAGCCCCAUGGACUCCAGGCCUACUCUGCCCUACACAGGCCCUGCACAGAUCACCCCCUACCACACCCUAGCCAGCACCCCUUUGUCCUCCAUGGGCGGACGUCAGAACCUGCAGUGGCCCCCCGAUCCCCCGUUACACUACCAACAACAAGUGGACGCCAUGGGCGGAAGCAACUCAUGUCAGAACAUGCCGGUCAACAGGAUGCACAAGCAGAGGUCAAUGGAGAACUUUGUCCAGGCCUACAGAGACAUGAGUCCUGCUAGAAUCGCCAUAGCCAACAACUUCAAGCGCUCCUUCACGCAAAUGGCAGUGGGUGACUCCACCCUGAGUACGCCAUCAGAGAUGAUGUGGAAGAGGAUGAGGAAUGAAAGCUGUGCCAUCCUGGAUAGAUCUCUCAGCACCAGCUCACUGGCAGAUAAAGGUAUGUGCAUACAUGGGGGUGUUGACCAGUGUCUCAGCCCCCUUCAACGGCACAGGAAGUCCCAGUAUCCAGGAUGUGGAAACAGUGCACCUAAAAAAGCCUUCCCCGAACAGUGGUGCAACUACAGAGAAUACCGUAUGCUGCCCUCUCCCAAAACAGAGGGGGUUGCCAGUCGGCUGUUGGGCCCGUCCUUUGAGACCUAUUGUUUGCCAGAGCUCACCCGCUACGACUGCGAGGUCAAUGUCCCUCUCCAAGGCAACCUGCACUUGCUGCAGGGCAGUGACCUACUGAGAGCCUUGGACCAGGCCACCUAGACCCAACCCUACACCCCUUACUCCCCUACCCUACCCUGGACCAGGCCACCUAGACCCAGCUCUACACCCCUACCCCCCUACCCUACCCUCCUCUGGACCAGGCCACCUAGACCCAACCCUACACCCCCUACUCCCCUACCCUACCCUCCCCUGGACAAGGCCACCUAGACCCAGCACUACACCCCCUACUCCCCCACCUACCCACUCUACCCUACCCAGCCCUGGACCAGGCCUCCGAGACGCAGACAUAUACCCCCUCCCGUACUUUAUCUUACCCUACCUAGACAUAGCCCUCACCAACCUCACCUCUACCCAUCGUUACCCUCCAAUAGUCUUAGCCAUUACACCCUAGACUAACACAUCUCUACAACACUGACUGACACCUCAGCCAAGCCGCUUCCCCUGUCCUAACGUCCUGGCACAUCUAACAUAGUACUACUCAACCAUGCCCCCCACCCACCCUACCAUACCAAGCCCCAUACAAACCUGUUUCAUCGUCAAAGCCACACAUACCCUGCCUCCUCCUCAUCCAUCCACCCUACUACCCCAAAGUAUCAUUAGAAAAACGUGUGGCUUCUGUUCUAUUUUUGUUGUCUUUAUCAUCAUAAAUUAUAUACGUGUAUAAUUCUUAGUUAUUAGUCUAUUUCUGUUAAACGAUUUGAUCUGUUUCAGUGUUCUCAAGCUCUAUUCUGUCCCCCCAAUUGUGUGAUCUGUAGCCUACUUUUCUUCUUUCACCCUGUCUGUCUGUCUGUCUGUCUGUCUGUCUGUCUGUCUGUCUGUCUGUCUGUCUGUCUGUCUGUCUGUCUGUCUGUCUGUCUGUCUGUCUGUCUGUCUGUCUGUCUGUCUGUCUGUCUGUC